UAAACAGCAGAAGAAGAAGAAGAAGUGUCCGGACAUGAUUUGCGUAGAGUUUGCCUGAUAGCCCAGCCCGGUCAGGUAACAACAACACUGUUCCGCCAAAGAAAGUAACCCCAUAAGUAACAGAGACACACAUCCUCGUGUACUUCUGAUACAGACUGAGCCGCUGGAUAACACCGCCUGGUCAUGGAAAGUGGCGGCAAGUGAGCUCCAGUGCACUUGUCCCUGAAGCUAGAUUAAACAAGUCCCAGUGUCAUGCCAGUCCUGGCUAUGGCACAGCCUGUGGUUGAUCACCAGAAGCGCUUUCAGGCUGCUGUGGAUGUCAUCCAUAACCUCCCCAAGAAUGGCUCCUACCGGCCGUCCUAUGAGGUGAUGCUGCGUUUCUACAGUCUGUACAAGCAGGCGGUGUGUGGACCCUGUACUGUCCCCCGGCCCGGCUUCUGGGACCCAGUUGGUCGCUACAAAUGGGAUGCGUGGUGCCGGCUGGGGGAGAUGAACACUGAGAGCGCUAUGGCUGCAUACGUGGACGAAAUGAAGAAAGUAGCACAGGAGGUCAUCGACAGCGUUUCCAUGAACGAGAAGACGGCCUCGCUCUUCCACCACUUCGAGCCGCUCUACCUGGUGAUGGACGACAUGCCACGGCCCCCAGAGGAGCUGCUCACUCUCAGAGAAGGUGUGGAAGGCAGUGAGCAUGCUGAAGGGAAGGCAGAGAGGAAGGGUGAGGAGCAGAGUGAAGCUGAGGACCCUUCCCCUCCUCUAGAGGCCUCACAUCCAGACCAGCCCCCUCUGCCUGAGGUUAUAGAGCUCACCAGCAUCCACAAUGACUCUGGAGUGUGUGAGGGCGUGGUGUUGACCAGCGACUCAGAGAGCGAGAUCUUCUGUGACUCUGUUGACUCUGUGGAGCAGCUCAGCAACAUCAAGUUGACCGUUGUGAAGACCAAUGGUUUUCCCAAUGGCCACGUGUCCUCUGAGUCGUGUCCUGUUCAGAGCCUUCAGCUGGAAGGCCGUCUGGAGGUGAGGCAGGUGGGGGCGGGGCAGGGUGGAGAGGGGGCGGAGGACGGGAAGGGCCCCCAGCGGAGGAGCAGAGACACAGGGAGGGAAGCUCCACACCACAACUGGAGAGAACGUGGUGUUCCUCAGGGCAGUCCCAGGAGGGGGGUGGAGGGCGUGGGUGGAGGGGCCGGCCGAGGCGGCGGGGACGGCUCUGAGGGGGGGGUGGAGAGGCUGCACGAGGCCCAGCUGCAGCAGCAGAUCGUGCUGGCGCUGCGCCGGCUGAGGGAGGACAUGAGGAGCGUGAUGGAGCGGCUGGAGGUGGUGGAGCGGCUCGCUGCCACACAUGCUCAGGGGUCAGAGUGGAGAACGUGCGCACAGUGUGCCGCCGCAGCUUCAAAACAGCAGGAGGAGCGGUGGGGGCUGUUUGACGUGUCGGGGCAGACCGUGCUCCUCUUCCUGCUGUGGCCCUUCGUGGCUCAGGGCCUGGUCUACCUGCUGAGGAGGGCCCAGAGGAGGGGCCGCAUAUCUUCAUGAAGGACGCUGAGGAACACUCUGAACCACUCACCUGUAGUUACCAUCAGUGGGGAGGCUUCCUUUGUACAGCAAGAUGGAAUCCAUGAGGAGGCCCCUCCCUCACUGAAGGGUGCAGGAGCCCCAACACCCAACACGUGCAACCUGACCUCAGGAUCAAAGUCCUCUCACUCACUGCAGCACAUCAAUCUUUAUUUAAAUUAUUCAGGAGGAGUCAGCUGGCUGUUGUUGGGCAGCAGGGGGCGGAAACACAGGAUACUGAUCAUGAGACAGAAUAAAGACAUGAUUUAUAUUGUUAAAUUAAAGUUAGUCAGACAUGAUGUACCGUCACCUUUUGCUACCUUAGAUCAAUGUUUUUAGGAAUUAACAGAAUAUAAAAAAACAGCCAAAGUAUCUGCCUUUAAAUGGAAGCAGUCGAUCUACAGAUGUCCUGAUAAUCAUCAGUCACACAGGAUUCAUAACGUCAAUAUCUCUCUGAUGUUUGGGGGGGAGCACUUUGAUUUAUUCUGUCAGAUCUGACUUUCACCUCAGAUUGUUUGUCAGUUUCUCUUUUGACUUAUAUUUAAGUCUCACAAUGAAAUAUCCUCUUCCAUUCUCCUCUCUCCCAUGUGCUUACUGCACCUUCAUUCCAUGUAGAAUACAAGUUUUAUCGCCGCCACACUUAUUGUGUAUCUAAUUCAGUAAAUCCAACAUCAGUAAUCAGAUUAAUUUGUAACCUCUGAAAUGAUAAAACACAAAUGACUAAUGUAGCUGAAACCAUUGUCACCAAAUGAUGGAAGAACUGUUUUUAAAACCUCCCUGUAAUGAAUGUCCAUGUCAAAAUGUAUAAUACUAAUGCAUGAGUUGACAUUAAAAUAUAUAUUGAUUAAAA